GUUGCGGUAACACAGGCAGACACCAAGACCAAGAGUAGCUCGAAUACUAAAUUCUUGACCUUUCAAUGAUGUGCCAUGCAUGAGAUUUAAGCUAUCGCGCAAUUGAGAAACAAGCAUUUAUGAAGUACAAUUAUAUGGUUCAAUUGACUGAAGUAAUGCAUUGUCAUCGAUAAGCUCUAUUUACCUCCCAUAACAAGCCUGCACUUCAACUCGUUCAACAAAGUUAAAAAGUGCAAGAUUACGUGUACCGAUGACGUAUAGAGAGAAGGGGAAGCCAGUUACGUUCGCAGAGCCAAGGCUUGACCAGUUUGCGCUUGGCUGUCAACAUGAGCGAAUCACUGGUUGCGGAGACGUGCGCCGGUAAAGUUAAAGGAUGUCUGGACAAAAGUAGUUUGGGUCCUGAGUACUAUGCAUUUCGGGGUGUACCAUACGCAGAGCCGCCCAUUGGUCCGCUAAGGUUUGCUGAUCCAGUGCCAGUAAAGUCAUGGACUGGAGUUCGCGAAGCGACAUCGUUCGGUUCAAAUUGCACACAUAUCAAUUUCUUGACGCUUGAGAUGACAGGAAGUGAUGACUGUCUCUACUUAAACGUCUAUACGCAUAGCUGCGAGAAAGAUAAACGACGACCGGUAAUGAUCUGGAUUCACGGAGGUGGUUUCGUUGGCGGUAGUGGCGAUGACGACCUUUACGGACCCGAUUACUUCAUGGUCAAGGACAUCGUGUUUGUCAGCAUCAAUUACAGAGUCGGAAUUUUAGGAUUUUUAAACUUGGAAGAUGAAGUGGCACCAGGUAACCAGGGCUUCAAGGAUAUGGUAUUGGCCUUGAAAUGGGUCAAAAGCAAUAUAGCAAACUUUGGCGGAGAUCCUAACAAUGUCACGAUCUUCGGCGAAAGUGCCGGUGGUGCCGCUGUGCAUUACCUGACUAUUUCACCGUUAGCGAGAGGCCUUUUCCACAAGGCGAUUUCUCAGAGUGGUGUAGCUUUAAACCCCUGGGCCUAUCAGACGAAUCCAAAGUCCAAGGUAUAUCGGGUAUGCGAAAAAUUGGGAUUUAAGUCUCGAGAUCCAAAGCAAAUAGUCGAUUAUCUCAGAAGCAUCGAUAGUAGAAAGUUAGUCGAAGCUCAAGAAUCGAUUUUGACCGAAGAGGAAAAAAUCCAAUUCACGUUUGCCUUCGGGCCUGGAGUGGAUGCAAAAUCGAAGAAACCAUUCAUGCCCAUCUCUAUUGAAGAAGCCUCAAAAGAAGGUGCCCAGGUACCUUUGAUUAUUGGUCACACCAACCUCGAGGGUGCUUUGUUAGCCAAGGGCAUAAAUAGAGUUUACGACAAGUUGAACGUCAAUCUUGAAAAGUACCUGAAUCCGGAGUCUGUGAAGUUGAUAAAGCAAUGCAACCAGUCCAUUGAUGAUCUGAGACGACUGUAUUAUGGCAAUGCGGAAAUAAGUGAAGCAAAUUCAAAGCCACUUUUCGAACUUGCCGGUGAUUUGUACUUUGUUGAGGGUGUACAUAGAGUCGUAAACAUGCAAGUCGAAGCUGGAUCAGCUCCGACUUAUCUUUACCGCUAUACGUUUGAUAAGGAACCUUCAGCUUUCAAAAUGAUGCUAGGCGUUAAAGCGAGUGGAGCUUCUCAUGCUGACGAAUUGCCGUAUCUCUUUCGUGCUCGACAGUAUGAAACUAUGACGUUUGAUUCCUCAAAAAAAGGAACAAUCGGCCACAAAGUUAUGGAACGCAUGAUAGACCUUUGGGUCAAUUUUGCAAAAACAGGGAGACCGACAUUAGAAAAAACGGAAGAUAUGCCUUUCUACUGGUUACCGGUAAACAGCGGAACGUUGCUGCGUUACUUAAAUAUCGAUGAAGACCUGCGAAUGGAGGAACAAGCCACUGAGACGAAUUUCCAUAUCUGUUUAGUGAUUGGAAUAUAAAUAUGAGAAAAAGAAAUGAUUAGUUACAAGUUUUCAAAGAUUUGAUAAACCUAUGGAAAAUUUGCAAACUGGCAACACAGGCCUUUUCAAUCACUAAAUAAAUAAAACAUUUGAAUGUUGUCUGCGUUGAUACAGAAUCCAUUUCGAAUGGAAAUGAUGAAUUUUUCACGCGUAUCUCAUUUGCGGGCCCUCAACACACCACCAAUCCCAAACAAGACCGAAGAUAUGCCAUUUUACUGGCUACCGGUGAGCAGCAGGACGUUGCUUCAUUAUUUAAACAUAGACGUUUUGCGGAUGAAGGCUCGAGUUUGGAGCAUCGCUAUACUUGGUUUGCAAAGUCACGAAGAAUAAGCUCUAGAGAAAACACAAGAUGUUACGAUAUCAAAUAAAGUAUAGUGCACUGCAAUUUUAGAUAAAAACAUUUUAUCAAUAGCGCAAUGCACAAUCUUCUAUAGCGUCUCCGUUAUAAAAGGUGAUAUAUAUCUUA